AUGGCUAACCUUACAAAACUCGAGUUCGUUGCCCUUGAUAUUUCAGGCAAGAACUACCUAUCAUGGGUGCUAGAUGCUGAAAUCCAUCUUGAUGCUAUGGGUCUUGGAGACACCAUUAAAGAAAAUAAUAAAGCAUCCAACCAAGAAAAUGCCAAGGCUAUGAUAUUCUUGCGUCAUCAUCUUGAUGAGGACCUGAAAAUUGAAUAUCUUACUAUUAAGGAUCCACUCGUUUUAUGGAAAAACUUGAAAGAAAGAAUUACUUCUAUAUUGACACUAUGUGGAGAAAAGAUUAGUGAUUCCGAUAAACUGGAAAAGACGUUCUCCACUUUUCAUGCCUCGAAUGUGCUCCUGCAGUAG